AUGGAUAGAGAGUAUUGUUUUUGGUUUCUCCUUCUAACUACGACAGCUAAUACCUUGGUAAAAGGCCAAGGCACAACAAGAGUUGGGUUCUAUUCAACUACAUGUCCUCGAGCUGAGGAAAUUGUUAGAUCAAAUGUUGAAUCUCACUUUCGAUCAAAUCCAACCAUUGCUCCUGGUUUACUCAGAAUGAACUUCCAUGAUUGCUUUGUUCAAGGUUGCGAUGCUUCUGUUCUGAUCGAUGGCCCUAACACUAAGAAAACAGCCCCACCAAACCUUCAAUUAGGAGGUUAUGAAGUUAUUGAUGAUGCCAAGAAGCAGCUUGAAGCUGUUUGCUCUGGUGUUGUCUCUUGUGCUGAUAUUCUUGCACUUGCUGCUUGUGACUCUGUGGUUCUGACAAAAGGGCCCAAUUGGAAUGCACCGACAGGGCUCAAGGAUGGGCGAGUUUCAUCGGCAUCUGAAGCCUCUAAUUUGCCAAGUUUUAGAGAUUCUGUUGAAAAGCAAAGGGAAAAAUUUUAUGCUUUUGUUCUUAAUGCUCUGGAUCCUGUUACCCUUGUUGGAGGGCAUACCUUAAGGACUUCAGCUUGCCAAUUCUUUAGUUAUAGACUCUACAACUUCUCUACGACAGGAAAUGGAGCUGACCCCCCAAUUUAUCCUGCAUUUUUCAAUCAACUUCGAGCACUUUGCCCACAAAAUGGCGAUGGCAGUAAAUGUGUUGCAUUGGACACAGGAAGCGACACCAGAUUUGAUACAUCUUUCCUUAAUAAUCUUAAAAAUGGUCGAGGAGUACUGGAGUCUGAUCAAAAGUUAUGGACUGAUGCUUCCACUAAAUGUUUUGUUCGGGGUUUCUCACGAGGAUCCAGUUUCAAUAAACAGUUUGGAAGGUCGAUGGUGAAGAUGAGUCUUACUGGAGUGAAGACAAGCGCUAAUGGCGAAGUUCGGAAAAUCUGUUCCAAAAUAAACUGA